GCACAACGGGAGACUCUGGCUGUGCUGCCCCUUCCCUCCUCUCUCCUCAUUCGAUGGCUGACACUUCCUCUCGCUGGAUUCAUCCAGAUUGCUCAGACUGAACCCCAGAGAACAUGUUCCAGGUCCACCGUGGAAAAUCUGCCCAGUGGAUGCCAGCAGGUGUGCCAGUGUAGACCUCCGCCAUUAUUGCCUCCUCCACCCCCUCCUCCGCCACCUCCAAGACUCCCAGCGCCUAUUAAAAUCCCGGCAUGCUGCGUAGAGGAGACGUGGUGGCAUUUCCUGCUCAUCGUCCUCCUCGCGGCUGUAGUCCUCUUUAUAGUGGUUAUUCUCUGCUACAAAGCAAUAAAAAGGAAACCACUCCACAAGGAAGAAAAUGGUACCACACCCGAGCUGAAUAUGCAAUGACCCUUGAAACAGCCUAA